AUGGGGAAGAAGUCUCUAGAGGUAUUGAUUUAAUUGUAAUUGUCUGAGCAUUGAAUAGAAUCGAUAUCUAUAUUUUCUCUUACAAGAUGCACGCGGGAAUUCCCGUCCUACGCAGCCCCGUGCAAUAUAAAAUGUGCGAGACUGACUUUUACAGUACCAUUGCUUUUUUGCUUUGCCACAACAUUGUCAACAAGAAUGGCAGCAAAGACUGAAACAGACGGAGCAAAGCCAGAACAGGUGAAGUAUAAGCAUCCAUCUUAUGCUGUAAUGGUGGAGCAAGCAAUAGUAACAUUGAAUGAGCGUCAAGGUUCCACCAGGCAGGCGUUGUUUAAGCACAUGACAGGCAAGUACCAACUAGAUUCGACCGCAUGUCAGACACACGCCAGCAAAGCCCUGAAGGCGUGCAUGGAAAGCAACACGAUUGCAUCAUCGACAGGAGAUCUUAAAGGAAAGUUCAAGCUCUCCAAGGAGAGAAAGGAAGAGUUGAAGAAGCUUGAAAAGAAAUUGGUAAAAAAGGCAGAGAAAGAUGCAAGUGAAGAAAGCGGGAAAGUUGCCAAUAAACCACCAAAACCUUCGCUCGAGAAGAAAAAGAAGGCCUCGGAAAGUAAAGAAGACAAGGAAAAUGAACCAGUUAAAAAGGGAAAACAGGGAAAAUCAACAGCCAAGGACAAAGAGAACGAAGAGGCCUCCAGUAAGGCCAAAAAGCCUACAAAAGAAAAGGAAGGGAAGAAGACUUUGAAAAAGUCAGCCAGCAUGAGUAAGGUUGAAGAAAUGCGAACCGAAGAGAAAGCGGCUGCAAAACCUAAAGGAAGAAAAAAGGCAUCUGACAGCGAGGACAUAAAAGAUCAAGAAGAAGCCGAGAAAAAGGCUGCCAAAAGAGGGCCUAAGAGAAAAGCCACAGAGUAACUGAGCGGUUCAUAUGCCUCAUUCGAUGAUUUGGAUACGGUCUCAUGGCUGGAGAAAGAAUGUUUGUGUCAGGUUUGCAAGAGUAUUAUUCAAGGUCAAUAAAUCAAUAGAUACAUUGAUGUAAAAAUAACUUUAUGAUGUUGCUCAUUGAAUUAUCGAAGUUUUGCUGUUUUAAAUGAAAUUAAUCGUUGGGCGUAAUCUUAAAAAUCGAAAAUUUCGGUCUAUCGAUAGUGAAUUUUAUAGAACUGGCGAAUUUUCUUAGAAAGCUUUUUUUACCUUUUUUGGAAACAUAUAGUUAAUGUUCAUGUUGAUCAAUUUCUAGCUUGUAAAUAAGUAUUCUUUAAAGUAUUAAUUUUAUGUACAUUUGAAAACAUUGAAAAUAUUUUUAUGAAUUACGAUAUAUAAACAAUUUGUGGCUCUUGUAGUUAAUUUUUCUCAGUGCCUGCUCAUCAAGCCUUGAUAAUGUUGAUUAAUAAAACUUAUAAAAAUGGUAAUUAAAACGUGCACAUAAUUAACAGAGCUUGGUUUAAGCGCAUGCAGUAGAAAUGGAAAAACUUCUAACACGCUGUAAGAGAGCACAAUUAGCGGGUUGAAAAACAGCAAACUAUGUUAAAUUCAAUAUUGUGCUCACAAUUUCAGAGUUUGUUGAUCUGCAUAUUGACCAAAAUCAAUUCAGGUGUUGCUUAUAGAUUUUAAAUUCAACUACGAUAUCAAUAAUAACCUGUAUAAGUUGAUACUUUGAGAAAGAUUGUAGAAAAUACAAAUCUAGAAAUAGAUUCAUACAACAUAGACGGUAUAAGUACUAAAGAUUCAUGC